AUGGAUAUCGACGAAGGAAACUCCCUGUCUUCAGACAGAACUACAGUAAGGUCCACCGGCGUCGCUUACCUAGCCAAGUCUGAGCAGCUUGCCGUGUCAUUCUAUGCCAAUUUACCAGUCGAAGUGGUGAUGGUGCUGAAGCAGGCAGAUUUUUACGGUGGCGAAUAUACUGGUGGAAUUGACACCUUGACCGGGUUUGCUCUGGUGGCUUCGAGUCAGACGUGCUAUGUGUGGCAACAUUCACAGGCCAUCAGGGGAACUCCCACAUGUUACAUCUUUCGUUGUCCCCAAGAUCCCAACCAGACAUCUCCACCUUUCUACGGCCUCAUUCCUUACAGUAGCUAUGGCACCUCGCGUGAACCCGGCCUUAUCCUUAUGUCACCUUCUGGAGAAAUACGAAUGUGGGAUAGUAUCGGCAUUGGUCUUGCAGGCGGAGACCACUUUUCGUCCAUUACGCUCAGCCUCUCCCCGGAUGAGUUGGUCACAAAUUUAAUUCGCGUUGACCCCCAAACCUAUAUUGCCUCGACCACCUCUGGUGUUCUUUUUCGACUCAUGUUGACAUCCUCUGGGGGGAACCUCCAUUUGACGUCUCACGCAUUCGCGCGUCCUACAUCUUCUCUGUCGCUCACCCGCCUUUAUUCUUCUUUUUUCGCAUCUUCUGGAUCUAAAGCGCCUCUAGUGUCUGAACCUGGGAAUAUCAGUGCCCUCGCCCUUGGUCGCGCAACCGUUGACGGAGGAGAAGUAUGGGCUCUGAUCGACACUAGAAUCCAGUUAUGGGAGCUCAAGGCAGAGGGCUGGGAAGACAUUGUUCGUGAUGACGAGGUUUCAGAAAUUAUACGGGCUGCCCUGAGGGACGCUUUUGGAAGUAGUGUGGCACAAGAUGAUGCCAACAUGGAUCUGGAAUUGUUGGACAUUGCCAUUGACAGGCAAGGGAGGCUUGUUGUUUUGCUGUCAUAUGCCGGCGUUGAGGAGGAGCAUGUCUAUAAGAACAUGGAUAUGGGUGGAAUCAGACGAAUUUAUUCAUUGGUUCAUCUUACACUGUCCAACGAUGUAUUUACUGUGGACAGUGUGAGAGGCGUCCCGUACCAAAGUACCUCAUCUUCCAGUGCUCCCAUGCAUCCUAGACUUCAGCUAAUCCUGGACGGGAAACUCGUGGUCAUCCAGUUUGGAGAUGCAAUUGCUCUUUGUGCCACAGAGUCUGAAUACAGAGAUAGGUUGGAGCUCAAAGCUAAGGCAGAUCGGACGCUGGGUGUUGGUAUCACACAUUCAGACAGCACUAUCCUCAUCCUGACGGCGGCAAUCAUGAUGAAAGUUCAUAUCGAUAUGGACAAAGUCAAGACUGUAAACUUGCAGACCGGACCCGUUAACUCGAUCAAAUCUGUCAUGACGCAGGCAGUAUUAUACGGCUCCCUUCCGAACAACCCAUUGACCUUUACCUUCCCUCCUGAUAUUGACGAAGAAAGUUUGAUGCGAGGUGCCGAACAAUUAAGCCAAGCCAUAUUGCAGUCAGAUCCUGUUUUGGUACAAAGAAAUCAUGAUCUGAGUGCUCACCUGACUAGCCGCAAGGAACGACUCAGCUUUUUGAUACAUUUCAUCAAUGACAAUUCUGUCCUCGGAAAGAUAUCCCAGAAAAGUCGGCAAAAUCUAGCGGCAGAUGCCGAAAAACUGUACGCUUCACAUCAGUUAUGGGUACAGCACAACGAUUUUCUUAGUGCGAGUCAUCCAAGCCAUAGCGUGCUCCAUGAUACUGUCCUGUCUUACAUGAAUGAUAUCCAAGAAGGGCAUCACGAAGAUGUGAUACGGACGUUCUUCCGUAUCCACGUAGCUGACAUAGGGAUACUGAUUCAACGGACACCCGACAUAACACUAAAGCUCGCACAAGCCACAGGUGGCAAUACCGGAGAGUUCAUAGCUGAGGCCAAUCGUGUUGUAUUAACGGUACUGAGGUCGGCACUUGACUACCGGGAAUAUAAUCAGGGCGUCUACGGCAUCGAUCUUCCCAUGAUAAACCCAUGGACGAGCGACCCGAACAUCAUUAAUGUCGUCCAGGGACUGUUUGAUGCAACAACACGACUAGUUGAAUCAGUGACUACAAGUGUAGGGCAUGCUGUAACAGACGAUGAAACAACAGAACAACUGUCUGAACUCGCUGCCAUACUCUUUGCAUGUAUGCAAGAACGGUUAGAUUAUUUAUCAAGGUCCGAAGAAACAGGCAUAGAACAGGAGGGUCUGGUACUUCUAAACAAUUUCACUCAUUUGCGGCCAGAGGUGCUGGAGACCUUGAGAAAAAAUGGACACGCAGCAGCCGCAUUUGCUCUUGCCGAGAAAUAUCGUGACUUCACAAGUUUGGCAGCAUUAUGCCACAGGGAGACUGUUUAUCCCCCCGAGCAAAAUCCCAAUGUGCUCCGAAUCCAGAACUAUAUCGAGUUAUACAAAGAUGAGUUUGCGACAGAGCUUUACCGAUGGUAUAUCCAGCAUGGCGAAUUGCGAGUGUUGUUCUCUCUCAGCGAAUCCCACACAGGAUACAUGGACAAGUUCUUCGCUGAUAAUGCUAAUCCGCUGAUAUCAUGGAUACAUGAUUUGGGCCACGGAAGGUACGCCGCAGUGGCUCGCGCACUACUACUCGAGUCAGGCGAAGCUACCAAUUUGGCCGCAAAACAGCUUAUGCUCAGUAUUGGCAAAUUGUCGCACCUUGCUCAUGAACAAGAGACUUUAGCACCCUCCGACGAGGACAUUUCAGAUGCCUUCCACGAUGGCCUUGAUUUUGUUAGUGUUCAUGAGAGCCUGCUUGAGGAGUUCAAUGCUGUGCUUGAGACACUGAAAGGUCGACAGUCUCUUGAUAGCCAGACAGACGCUAUCAUUAAGCAGAAGGCCUCUCGUCUGUCUGAUCGGCCAGCAUUGACGCGGGUAUUCAAAGAUCUUGUUCGGAACGUAUUGCAAGGAAAGGUUCUGUCAAUUGAGGACGCGGUGGACACAUUGUCUCUUAAAGAUAACAAUGAGACACUUGGUGACUUUGCCAUGGCACUCCACCUACUUGCAGGAGUUCAGAAUGUUCCUCAUGCCCGAAAAACAUCUGCCUUCAGAACUGUAUGGAGGCGCAUAUACAUUCAUGAUGACUGGAACACCAUUCGGCAAACAGCUAAUGUUUCCGAUAGCGAGCUCAGUGAACGCUUCCGUAGCACGGCUUUGUAUACCACGUUUUGUCAUAUCCUUACACGAACCGAUCAACCGGACGGGUACGAGACUAUCCCGGAUGUGUCGCUGAUAAUACCGACCGCUGAAGAAGUCUCAUCAAGAUGGCCGGGUAAGCCGACUGACGAGGUUGAGAGCAUCGUGCAGGAUUAUACGUUCGAGUGCGACACGUUGGGUGAUCUAGAGUUGAAUGAUGUAUACUACCGGAUACGAGAGCUGGCAGAGCAGGAUCUGGAGGAAGCCCACAUAUGA